AUGGUAGAGCUGCGCAAACGGAAGACGCCGCCUCCAGCCCCUGCGCGCCCAGCGAAGAAAGCGUCUGCGCCAAAGGGCAAGAAGUCUGCUAGCAAGAAAACAGCCGUAGAACAGGCCACCGAAGCUGUCUCCGAAGCUACAGCAGUCGUAACCGAGGCUGUAACCGGCGCUGUCGAGGCUGCGAAGGAGGCUGUUAACGGCGAGACCAAGCCUGCUGCUGCUGCAUCUUCGUCUGGUCCGCCCAAGGCCGGCGACACAAUCGACUUUACCAACUUUGGUGCAGAGAUCGAGACCCAAGAUGGGAAGAAGACAACGCUCGCAAAGCUCGUAGAGGAGAGCAAGGGCGGCGUUGUGCUGUUCACAUAUCCCAAAGCCUCUACGCCAGGAUGCACUACUCAGGCGUGUCUCUUCCGCGAUUCUUAUGCGACCCUCACUGCGACUGGCUUCAGCAUCUACGGUCUUUCCAACGACAGCCCUAAGGCGAACACCACCUUCAAGACCAAGCAGAACCUCCCUUACAACCUGCUGUGCGAUCCCGGACAGACCCUCAUCUCGGCAAUCGGCCUGAAGAAGGCACCUAAGGGAACUACACGUGGCGUUUUCGUGGUGAACAAAGAUGGCAAGGUGCUGGCCUCCGAGCCUGGCAGUCCUGCUGGAACUCACAAGGUCGUUCAGGACCUUGUCGCUGGGAGUGGUAACAUAGGAAACGAUGACACCGAGGCUGCGAAGACUGCUGCUGAGGUUGCUGACACGGCAGCAAAUGUUGACAGUUAA